CACAUCUAAUCUCGACCAUAAAGUACUCUCUAACUGAAGAGGUUUGAUCCAUUCAUUUGACUUGAUUCAGGUUCAAAGUCUAACAACCAAAUUGGUGGAUUCUUUUGAUAUUGGAUUAGCAUUAAGUUUUGAAUCAAAUAUCAACAGUGAUAAGAUUGAAGGAAAAUUGGUCAAAGACAAGGUUUUUACUGAAAGCAAUCAUCAUCUUUUCAUCUUAAGCAAUUACCAUUAAUCUCAUAAUAGAUUGAAAUGUCAUCUUCAUCGUCAUCUUUAGCAAUAACAAAAGUCUAUGAUGUUAAACAAUUCUACCAAUUCAUCGAAGACAAGUACAAAAGAAAGUUCAAAAACACAGCAGUCGAAAGCAUCUUUUCAGCAUUCAAUAUUGUUAAGCUUAAGCCUGGUUUUACCAUUGAUAACGAUCCUGGACUCGGUAUAACCAAAAAUUUGUGCAAUCUUUGCGACCAAUUAGCUGUUGAACCUUAUAAAUGUUACAAUUGUGAUCGACUUUAUUGCAAAUUAUGUUCACAUUUCAUGGUAAUUGUCAACAAAAUAACUAAAAAUGAAUCAAUACUGGGAAUCAAUGAUAGCUAUUUGGAAAAUUUAGCAUUCAAUUGUAUAAGUCAUAAUUGUAACAGUCAACAAAUCUUGAAAAGAGUAUCAUCAGAUCGUGAAUUUGACUCAGAAAUAAUAACAGUUAAUUGUAUCUACAAUAACUGUAAAGAAAAGAGAUUUUAUUCAUUAAUGAUUGACCACAUUAGUAACUGUAAACUGCAAUCAAAUGUCUUCAAAUUUGAUCAAUCGUACAUUGCUGACACUUUCAUCAACAUUAUGGACCCAAUACUCAAGCAAGAUGACUUGAUGGUAAAGUUUUUAUCAACAAUAACAACUGGAGAUGAAAACCAUUGUAAUCAAACGGCUCAAGAUGUAUAUAAGCAAACCUUCAUAAGUUCAUUUGAAAGACAACAUAAAAACUUAAUUCAACAAAAGGAAAGAAUCGAAGGCCUUCAAAAGCAAAUCGAUGAAAAAAGAGCCAAUUCUGCUAAGCAAAUUAAUAAUCAACAAGUUAAACGACCUUCUUAUUCAUACCCAUCAAAAAAUGCAAACAAAUGUAUCAACAACGACCGUCCAAGUAAACGAGUGAGAGAAUCGAGUUCAGUUGCUUCAGAAUGUUAUUCCAUUGUUGAUUGGGGCGAUUGGAAUAAACCAAUCAUGAAUAAUAAUGAUGUUAAUGAAAAACAAAUGAAAAGCUCCAUCACUCACCCAAUUAAUCAUGAACCAAACCAAAUUCAAGUUAAAUCAGUUAUAAGUAAACCUGCAAUUACAGAUAUUGAAAUUGAAGACAUUGAUGAUGUUUUGUCCACAAAUCUCGAUGCUUAUCAACCAGAUAGCAAAAGUGGUCCAAAAACUAAACAAUCAAUGGAAUACAGUGAUCUUUUAAAAAGAAAGUUUCAUGAUUACCAAAGAAGACACUCAGUUGAACGAAAUAAGAAAACCAGAAUAAGACGUGAUGUUGCUUACGAUUCGAUUAAAGCUGAAUUUUGUGUUAAACAGCUAGAGAUGAUCAAACCUCCACAACACUUUGCUUGGUUAAUAGCGAAAAAUAAUGUCCAGCUUCACCAAGAUAGUUUAAAUGCUUGUUCAAUUGAUAUUGAAAACUUAACACUGAGAGUAAAAACUUCUUCCAAUCAAACGUCCAAAAUACAAGUUCCAUGUUGGAUUUCUAUCGUUGAUUCAUCAGGAGAAAUCAUAUUUAAUGAAUUCAUUAAACAUCCAAAAUCAGCAAUUGAAGACUUUAUGACUGAACAUCAUAACAUUACAUGGGUUCAGUUAAAAUAUGCACCAACAUUUUACCAUGUCCGUAAACGAAUCAUCACGAUAUUGAGGAAAUAUAAGCGAAUUAUUGUGUCAGGUCAAGCUCAGGACUUCAAAAACCUAUUCAUAAAUCCAAAUGAUCAUGAUUAUCUACUUCCAAGAAUCAUUUGUAUCUCGAGUUAUUAUAAUUGUAGAUCUAAUUCACCACAAUUAGGAUUGAAAUAUUGUAUAUUUACGCUUUUUGGUAAGAUCACUCAAUCCAGAGAACACUCUUCAUUGGUUGAUGCUGCUUAUACAAUGUAUUUAUAUUUGAUCGACUACCAAAGAAUUGAACAAACUAGAAUCAAAUGGCUCAGCACACAACCAGUAAGAAUCCACGGACUCUACCAAGGUUAUGUUUAUCCAAAAAAUCAUUACAUGUCUGGACUUAUUAAUGACAUUAUGAAUUACAUUGAUGAUUGGCCAAACCCUUUGAAAAAUGAUGUUGCUUUGAAACAUUACAUGUCAAAAACUCGAAGACAAGAAAAACUGAAUAAUAGAUCUUAUGAUGAAACCAAUUUCGUCGAACCAAUACCAAACCAUGACCGUCCAAUCCCUUAUAAGUUUAAUGAGGCAAAAUUUCGUUACCUUUGCCGCCCUCGAACCUAAUGAAGGACCGAUUGCGACUUAGUGGGGGCAUCUGUAAGGGAUCGACACUACUUUUUGCCUCUCUUAAUUUACAGUUUGUAAUUCAAUGUCAACCCCCAUUAGUUUAAUAUCACAUGUUUAGCUUUUCUUCCUUUUCCUCUUUACUUAAUAUAAAUACUGGUCAAUUUGACCAACAGAUUAGAUUAUGUUUUUCUCUCUCUCUCUCUUUAAAACUGUGAUCAACAAAUUGUUAAUUGAUUGAAGAGGGUAUUCUCUCAAUACUGUGCUCAUCAUAAUCAACUUAAUUUACUUAAAAAUAAGUCUAAUUACUUAUUACCUGUGCUCUUGUGUUAACGUUUGAUUUACUGGUGACUUAGACACCUCAACUGAAAUAAAAUAAUUUAACCUCAAAUUGAUUAACAACGUUGAUUAUACUUAAAGUUAUUGAGAAACUGAUCUCAGUUGUAAGUCUCUAUUCCUCAUCCCUGAAGAGACCUUACAAAAGAAAGGAAAAAGUUAUGAUAAUGAUUGACACCAUUGGACAAUUUGUAAUGAUAGGUUUGUAAAUAUUUAUCAAACGUAAUUAGAGACCAAAGGCAAGAUUUUGCUUCAAUUUAACCGGUUUUCAUCAUUUUCAGAUUGUUAAUAUUAAGUUUACUGUUUGAAAAGGUAAGGCAACCGUUUUUGUUUCAUAUGUACUUAUUUGUACUUUUAUCGUUUAAAUCAAUAUUGAUUCAUGUUUCUUUUACAAUCUAAAAUCAACAAAGGGUGAUGAAGAUAGGAAAAGAAAGCUUAAAGCUUAUCACUUUGGCCAUCCCAAUAGUCAAAAUGUAUCAAUCAGUUAACUAACCUGAGAUGUAGUUUAAUUUGGAUUUUUGGUUGGGUUUACCAAGGGGAAUAAUAUUGAAGGCUCAAGAUUAUAUCCUUUUGUAUUGAAAGGGUAACAAUCAAGAUGAAAGCCUUUUUUGUAUACCUCCUUAUAUCACCAGGUUAUUCAUUAAUCACAAUACAAAAAUAGAAAAGGAUUUACAGAGAGAAUAAAUGUUAUCAAUAAAACAAUAUGUAAACGGGAAAACGAUCGGAAUAAUCUCCAAAUUACUCGAUAAAUUGUUCAACCUGAGAACAAUAAUUUCCACCAACAGUUGGUCAAUAUAAUUAAUUUAAAUCAGAAUAUUUAAUUAAAUGAAAAUCAACACAAGUCACAUUGAAAUAAGCAAAAACAUGAAAGGAUUGAACUGUUAGGUAAUGGAAGCCAUUGACUUCAAAAUUGGAGGGAAAAGGCUAUCAUGUGAUCAAAGGACAUGAAUCCUAAAGGGGGCGCAAUUAAAGAUAUCAAGAUAUUGACUUGUAAUUUAAGAUGAUCGUUAAAAUGUUAUGAUUGUAAACAAUUUAGUUUGAUCUAGUGAAGUUGAUUAAUCAUUAGAUGCGAAUGUUGGACAAAAUUGUUAAAAGAUUACAAACAGUAAGGAUGAUUAAAUGAAAAACUAAAUAAGGAAUUGGUAAUCCCAUUGGAUCGUAUCAAAGACUCGAUAUCUUAAAGUUGAUACUCUUGCAAACUAUUAAUUGAUCAAUUUAUUUAUUUCUUCAAACAUUCUCUGGAUUAUCAUCAUUCCCAUCAUCAUUAUCCAUCAUUAUCAACUGUUUGUGCUCAUUUAUUUUGCUCUAAAAUGAGUCAAUGAAAAAGGUAGCCAGUUAAUUGCCCUUGAAUCACGUUCAUUCAACUACUUUAAUCAUGUCUUCUGGCCAGUUGAGAUAAAUCCGUUUUUUUGGUUUCCUUACGAUUGUUAAUGUGAUCCAAUGGAAGAUAUUGAGAGCAAAAAAACAAAAGCAAAUGCUAAAUACUGAAAGGCAUGGACAUUAACUGGAAGACAAACGUUUUUACUGGUCAUUUCUGUUAAUUGUAACAAAUUAACCAUCCAACUUUUGCUCAUUACAAUGGAUGGAAUCUUUUGUUAGUUAACAGUCAAAAGAAGUUAAUGAUUGUUGGAUAAACAUGUAAAGACACUCAAAAGUGAAGCCUGUGACAUUAAAUUCAUCCUGUUGAGUUGGACUUUAUCUCUAAGGAAAGGAAAGCCAAAAUGACAACAUAAGCAAUCAAACCCAAUUAGCAAACCCAAAAGUGAAUAUAAUUCAAGCUAACCAAAUUGCUACAAAUUCAAGACCAAUAAUUGAUCAAUUGAAUUGAAAUGGCUUACAGUUCAAUGUUUGGUGACUACUUUUUUGUUCAAUCUAAUAAUCAAUGGUAUCAAUGAUUGAAUCGAUAAAUUGAUUGAUUAUAAAUGUAAUAAUAACCAUAAUAACAUAGUUGCUGAUGAUUAUUGCGAUAAUGGAAAUAUUCUGGUACAUUUGUUGGCCUGAAAACCAAAUGGAAAUUAAAUUGUGUGUUUACAUUUAAAUCUUUUGUUCGCCAUGCAAUAAUAUCUGGUUCUGUCAAUAACAUUCACAUUUUUACGCCUAUCAAUCUGAUUCUGGGAGGUUUCACAUUUAAUACAGCUUGGUGUAAAUCUUGAAGAAAAAGUCGGUUCUUUGGUAUAAACUGGAUGAAACAAUUUUUGCCAACUAAUCAACAUGAUUCCCCAUUGAAGACAUUUAGAAUUGAAUUAAGUUACGCCCAAAAUGGUUCAACAUCAUCAGGAUCAUCAUGAGAAACCACUAAAGAAAAAUGAAGUUUAUUCUUACAUUAAAUUCAAGACAACAUUUUCACCAAAAUGGCUUUUGGACUGUUGAUUAAAAGGAUGAACUCCUAUUGUAUUGAUGAACCUAAUGAAGAGCAAGGAUAAUUUUUUAAUUUGCUAAUGAGAUGCUCUAGUAAUUAUCAUCUAGAAGAUUCCAAGCUCAUCAUAAGUUAUGGUAAACCUGGUUGACUUGAUUGAUGCUGACAAACAAAUAAGAAAAGUUGAUGGCAAUAAUUGAAUUGGAGUUUGUAUUAUCUAAUGGAAGAGCAAUCGACUUGAUUCUAGCUCUAUUGGUAUAUUACAUUGAAAACUGUUGUUGCCCUUCAAUACGAAUCACCUGUCCAAGCCUUGCAUCUAUAAUUUUUGGGAAAAUGGUUUCAAUUAUUGCAACCAACAAAACAGUAAUUGAUUUAACGAUUGAUUGAGUGUUUACCAUCAAAAUCAAUGCAUAACAACUUAAAUAUCACUUAAUCACAUUUCAUUUUCUUCUUCCUCCUCUCAUUAUUUCUACCUUUUAAAUACAAUCUAAUCACGUUAAGAGCUAUCCUACUAACACAACAAAGCUUACAAAAAAAAGUAUCAACAUGCGAUUGAACCUUAAUGAUCAUGCUGGAAGUAAUCGUAAUAAUGGGGAAAAAGUGAACAUGGAAAAGUAAAGCACAAAAAGGAGAUGUAAAACCUGGUAAUUCAAAUCAUGUUUUACCUCAUGUAAUCUGUUCCUGAUGAGUCCAGUGUUUAUAUGUAAGCUUCAGUUGGAACUAGUAAUGAGUAAAUGAUGACAUUGAUUUUGUGUAAGGAAAAGCAAACGAUGAGCAAA